AUGGUUAGCAGGCUAGUUCCGCCCACCAUUCCUGAUAUAGAUUUCUUCUUUUCCGUCAUCCUUCGUUUUCUUUCUUUCUUUCUUUCUUUCUUUCUUUCUUUCUUUCUUUCUUUUCCUUCAUCCCUCGUUUUCUUUCUUUUUUUCUUUUACUUCAUCCUUCGUUUUCUUUCUUUCUUUCUUUCUUUCUUUUCCUUCAUCCCUCGUUUUCUUUCUUUCUUUGUUUUACUUCAUCCUUCGUUUUCUUUCUUUCUUUCUUUCUUUUCCUUCAUCCUUCGUUUUCUUUCUUUCUUUCUUUUCCUUUAUCCUUCGUUUUCUUUCUUUCUUUCUUUCUUUCUUUCUUUCUUUCUUUCUUUCUUUUCCUUUAUCCUUCGUUUUCUUUCUUUCUUUCUUUCUUUCUUUCUUUCUUUCUUUCUUUCUUUCUUUCUUUCUUUCUUUCUUUUCCUUUAUCCUUCGUUUUCUUCCUUUCCUUCUUUCUUUCUUUUCCUUUAUCCUUCGUUUUCUUUCUUUCUUUCUUUCUUUUCCUUUAUCCUUCGUUUUCUUUCUUUCUUUCUUUCUUUCUUUCUUUCUUUCUUUCUUUUCCUUUAUCCUUCGUUUUCUUUUUCUUUUUUCUUUCUUUCUUUUCCUUUAUCCUUCGUUUUUUUUUCUUUUCUUUCUUUCUUUCUUUUCCUUUAUCCUUCGUUUUCUUUCUUUCUUUCUUUCUUUCUUUCUUUCUUUCUUUUCCUUUAUCCUUCGUUUUCUUUCUUUCUUUCUUUCUUCUUUUCCUUCAUACCAAAUUUUUCUUUCUUUCUCUGUGUUGCUUCCUUCUUUUCUUUCAUCCUUCAUUCUUUUCUUUGA